GAACGGGUGCGAGUCGCCGGUGCAACCCUGAUGCGGUCCAGGCAUGGCGUGCUGAUCAUUUUCCUGCCCAGGAGAUGGCAGCUGGUGCUGCUCCUGAUGUGGCACGUACAACUGGCCGUCUGCGACCAUGUGCUCCUGGUGCUUUCCAUCACAGCGACCGCAGCCUGCCGCAGCCAAGCGGAAGAGCAGCCUGCGAGCGUGAGUGGAAGUGCCAAGCCGGUUCGGGUGUGCAUCCUACCAGCAUUUGCGGAGACCGCGAAGCAGCACGCCAGCUGGGUGGACCUCCCUACCGACCCGCAGGUGAAGUACUUGGACCGUGCUCGUUUGCGCCUGCAGACGGCGAUAGACACAGAGCAGGAGGCGAAGGCGGCAUUGGCUCAGGAGCUGCCAGACACCUUCAAGACACUCCAGGCACAGGCGGAGGCGGAAGAGGCAAGACUGGCUGCCCAGAAGCGCUCGGUCCAUUUCGGCGACUCCGCGGAGGGCACGAGGAUGGACACCGCCCCCUCUGCUCCAACGGUGGUCCCGUCACCAUUCGCACCGCCCGGCACCUUCGGCCAGCAGAUGGUGCAUCCGUCACCUUUCUCACCCUCACUUGUGGCGCCAGCGGCGGCCCCCGUGGCAGUGGCAGCGCCAACGCCGAAGCAGCAGAGCGUGACGCCGCUCGUCAUCCAGCAGCUGCAGCAAAACCAGGUGGAAUUGACGACUCAAAUCACAGCGCUGUCAGCCGAUUUCGCAGGCCUCCAGACGACACUACAGACCGUCGCGGCCGUGCUCAAGAGCGCACAGCCAGCUGGGGGCGAGGUAGAGAUCGCAGCGGUCCCAACAGCAGCAGCAGCGGCGGCAGCAGCAGCAGUCAAGGGAGCCCACCCGAAGAAGGCUCAGCCUGGGAUGCCCAGGGCCUUCGCGGAUCCGUCAUCCUCCGGACAGCAGGCCCUGGCAUUUGCUGCGCAGACCGCGGAAGAGGCGGUGCGGAAGCCAGUGAGCGAAGGAGAAGAUGGCCUGCCGCAGAUCACGCAGGAGGAGCGCCUGGCCGCAAUCUCCAUGGGAGUGCUUGCGCCGACGCAGCCAGCGGCAACCACCGACGGCGGCGUGAAGCAGGAGACAGGCGAGGAGGCCGACGGCGCCCCCGCGCACACGUUGGUCACGCCGCCAUGCGAGAACAACGAGGACAUCGGCAGCCAGCCAGUCACGCUUGCCGGGGGCAGCCAGGGCGCUCUGGAUUUCAUGAGCAACAGGGCCAUUUACGGGCCUCUGGAGGUACGUGGUCUGCGACAGGGCGUCGGGCAGUUGCAGGGCGAUCCCGCGACCGCCGAAGCUACCAUGAAGGCGUGGCGCCACCAGGUAGUGGACGAGCUGGCUCAAUGCAUCCAGCAGCGCGGCCCCUUCAUGCAAGCUCCCGAGUUCCCCCCGAUGUUCCGCGCCCAAGUCGCCGACUCGUGCCAGUCCAACUGGUUCAUUGUGCCUGGAGGCUCCUGCGUGGCUUUUCCCCAAUUGGGCUCCGGGCCAGGCCGGCAGUUAGGGGGCCUGAUCUACAACAUUGUGAUGUCCAUGGUCAUUCGUGAAGCUCAGACCGCACAAGUGGAGCUCGGAGUGGACCUUCGAGUGCCAUGGGCUAGCGGCUGGUCUAUCAAUGAGCACAUCAGUGCAGCUGUGAUCUCAGCAUAUACUACUCAUACAAUGGGCAUGGCCUUCUUUGACGAUGCUAUGUUCAUGUUUUUGGGCAAGCCAGAUACCCUGCUCAGGCUAGUGCCGCUUGCUGCGCCCAUCAUGUUCGACGCCUUCGGCUCCAGGGGCAUCCGGUUGCGCGCUGCCAAGGGUAAACCGACUGUCAUGGUCCAGUUCAGGGGGCAGGGUUCAGACGUAGCCAAACAUCCUGGCGAUGGUGGAGCGCCCGCAUGUGAGCGCUGGUCCCAAGGGUCCACGGGCUGCGGCUGCCUGGCAGAGUUCCGCAUUCGCGGGCCCGAUCGCCUGCUGGCACUCAUCGGGCACUGUGCGCUUCGCGGCCAGGUCUCGUGGGCGCACCAGGUGUUGGACGACGUAGACUGGCUUCGUCGCCGCCGCCCCAUCUUCAAGGACCUCCCUGAGGAGCUCUUCAGGCCCAUGGGGCCCCAUUCUACCAGGAACGCCUUGGCGCGCGUGGCCGAGAUCGAAGCCUUCCAGGGCCAGGAGGCCGAGGCGGGCGACAGCUCGACAGACUUCGAUCAGUGCGAGCAUAUGCCAAAUACCAUUGACUGGUCUACGGUAGGAUCGAGGCCAAUAGGCGCGAGGCUCGCGCCAGGCGGGAGCGCCGCAGGCUUCAGGAACAUGCAGCCCGCGCGCCCUGGGCCGCAG